AUGGGUUCGUCACUUUCUUUCGUGAUGUUCACACAGUUUCUCUUCCUAUUGUCUCUGCUUUCUCUUGUUUCUGCUGGCUCUUUUUCUUCGGUGGAGCCACUAUGUCAUGAUGAUGAGAGCUUUGCCUUGUUGCAAUUCAAAGAAAGCCUUAUCAUCAAUCAAUCCACUUCCGCUUAUUCAAAGAUUUCGUCGUGGAUGGCACAAAGUAGUGAUUGCUGCACAUGGGAUGGUAUUCAAUGUGAUGAAAACACGGGUCAUGUGAUCAGCCUUGACAUCAGUAACAGUUCUCUUUAUGGUUCUAUCAACUCCAGUAGCAGCCUCUUCCAGCUUGUUCACCUUCAAAAGCUUAAUCUCUCCAUCAACAACUUCAAUCACUCUGAAAUCCCCGUUGGAGUAAGGCGGCUUUCAAAGCUUACUCACCUUGACCUCUCUUAUUCUGGAUUUUCAGGAAAGAUCCCAUCAGAAAUUUUACAACUCUCGAAGUUGGUUUCCCUAAACCUCGCUCUGAAUCCAUUGAAGCUCCACAAACCUGGUCUCAGAAGUAUAGCUGAGAAGUUAACAAACUUGGAAGAACUAAUUCUGAGUGAGGUGGACAUAUCGUCCACUGUACCCAGUAUCUUGGCAAACUUAUCUUCUUUAACAACUAUUUCUCUUAUAAAUUGUGGUUUGCAUGGUGAGUUUCCAACCGGAAUUUUUCAGCUACCAAAUCUCAAGUCUCUCUGUGUGCACAUCAAUCCAAAACUCACUGGUCGUGUACCAGAAUUUAAUAGAAGUAGCCCCCUUGAAGUUUUGAGACUUGCAGGCGCAAGUUUCUCUGGAAAGCUACCAGAUUCAAUGGGUAACCUCCAGUCCUUAUAUGAAUUGGAUGUUAAUAGUUGCAAUUUCGCUGGACCAAUACCAUCGUCAUUUGCUAACCUAACGAAGCUCACGUAUCUAGAUCUUUCAGAAAACAUUUUUAGCCUUGGGACUCUCUCUUGGGUUGGUAAGCAAACCAAACUCACCAUGUUACUUCUAGCAAAUAUUAGUUUAUAUGGUGAUAUCCCGUUUUCUUCUAUUGGAAACCUGACUAAACUUACAUCAUUAGUACUUGGUCAGAAUGAAUUAACCGGUCCUAUCCCAUCGUGGCUAGCAAACCUCACCCAACUAAAUACUCUAUGGUUUUCAGACAAUAAAUUGUGUGGUCCAAUUCCGACAUCUAUUUCCAGCCUUUUGAGUCUUCAAGUUUUAGACUUGUUUUCAAAUAACUUGAGUGGCACGAUAGAAUUUGACUUGAUUCGAAAGCUCAAUAACCUCUUCCACCUCGAUUUAUCUAAUAACAAUCUUUCAUUAGUUAUUCAUCCUAGUACUAAUUCUACCUUUCAAAAAUUUAAGGUAUUAGCACUGGGUUCUUGUAACCUAAGUGACUUCCCAGAGUUCCUUAGAAACCAAGAUCAGUUGGAAAUUUUGGUGCUUUCUCAAAACAACAUUCAUGGCCAAAUACCAAAAUGGAUCUCUAACUUGAGUAUAGACACUCUCAUGUUUUUAAUUAUGUCAGGAAACUCACUCACAGGUUUUGAUCAAACCCCAAAUCCUUUCCCUUGGCGUAGUCUACAAUUUUUGAACCUUCUAAACAACAAGCUUCAAGGGGCACUGCCAAUUCCACCUCCAUCCAUCUUUUCCUAUUCUGUCUCUAACAACAUGUUGACUGGAGACAUCUCUCAAAUGAUUUGUGAACUAAGUUCUCUUUCUUAUCUUGAUGUUUCAUACAACAACUUGAGUGGCUUCCUUCCCCAUUGUUUAGGAGACUUGAAAAACCUUUCCGUUCUUAAUCUCCAAUACAACAACUUUCAUGGCAGCAUUCCUCAAAUAUUCAUGGAAGGAUGCAAAUUGGGGAUGAUCACAUUGAGUCAAAAUCAUUUUGAGGGGCCUUUACCAAGAUCAUUGGUUAACUGUACAAUUCUGGAAGUUCUUGAUAUUGGAAACAAUCAUAUAAUUGAUAUUUUCCCCUCUUGGUUGGGCAUUCUUCCUGAGCUAAGGGUUCUCAUUUUGCGAUCAAAUGGAAUCCAUGGUUUUAUUGGAAAACCUGAUAGAAUUCAAAGAUUCCCAAAAUUACAAAUAAUUGAUGUCUCAAACAAUAAUAUUAGUGGUAAGUUGCCAUCUGAAUAUUUCCAAAUUUGGAAAGCCAUGCAAAGCUUUGAUGCAAGUCACUUAACAUAUAUGCAAGCAAAUGGUCAGAUGAAAAAACAUGUAAGCUAUGGUUGGUUAUUGAUGUCGUAUGCCUACUCAAUGACAUUGACAAACAAAGGCAUAAUGACAAAAUAUUUGCAAAUCCAAGAUUUCCUCGUGGCCAUUGAUCUAUCAGGCAACAAGUUUGAAGGAGAAAUUCCAAAAAUUUUGGGGAAUCUAAAAGCGCUUCACAUGCUUAACUUUUCCAACAAUAUUCUUACUGGUUUUAUCCCGUCGUCUUUGGCAAUCUUAACAAACCUAGAAUCACUGGAUCUUUCUCAAAAUAUGCUAGUUGGGGAGAUUCCUCCACAACUAGUGGGGCUCACCUUCCUUGCUUUCUUGAAUAUGUCUCAUAAUAAUCUUACAGGACCUAUACCACAAGGGAAACAAUUUCUCACAUUUCAAAAUAGUUCAUUUAAUGGAAAUGUAGAAUUGUGUGGAAGCCCAUUGUCCAAAAGAUGUUCCAAUUCAGAGGACCCACCAACUCCACCUUCAAAUUUUGAAGCAAAACAAGGCUCAGAGUUUCCAUUUGAGUUUGGCUGGAAGGUAGUUGCGAUGGGAUAUGGAUGUGGAUUUAUAGUUGGAGUUUUUGUUGGACAAAUUAUAAUCACAAGGAAGAGUGGUUGGUUUAUAAAGUCUUUUGUAAUUGGCCAUCCAACAGGAAGAAGGGUGAAGUGGAGGAGACGCUAA